CUCUCCACCGUGGAUCUUGCCCUCUGCUACUCUACUUCACCCGAUUUUUUUUGUUUUCAGAUUCUCAUUUCCCUUAUCAAUUUCUCAGUGGAUCUGUAAUCUGAAUUUUGUCUUACUCUCCCUAUUUCCUCAUCUCCAAGCCCUAAUUUUCGCGUUGUUUCAGUAGAUUUUCAGUUUGGAUUGGUAGGUUUUCUCGAAACUGAUUGGAGUAUUUCACAAUGCCAUUCAUAUCGGAGGCUGCCAGUGCUAUUAAGAGCAGGUUCGGGUUCCAGGAUCAUUCCUCCGACACUUUUUCGCUGGUUCAGAGAACUCCAGAUCUUCUGAAAUCUACUGCAAAAGAGAAUAUUGUGCACAGCUCUGCAGUUCGAAGUAGUAACGAUUUGGAUGAAGAUGGAGUUGGGGACUGUAGCGCCGUAUCGGCGAGUCAGAGCUUCGAAUUCUGCGAGGAUCCUUCUUUCUGGAUGGAUCACAACGUGCAGGUUAUUAUUAGAAUCCGCCCCCUUAGCAAUGGCGAACUCUCAUUGCAAGGGUACAGCAAAUGCGUUAGGCAAGAGAGUUCUCAGGCAAUUACUUGGAUUGGACCUCCUGAGUCUCGAUUUACCUUUGAUCUUGUUGCAGAUGAGAACGUUAGCCAGGAGACUCUUUUUAAAGUAGCUGGUUUGCCAAUGGUAGAAAAUUGUAUGGGAGGCUAUAACAGCUGCAUGUUUGCUUAUGGCCAAACUGGAAGUGGGAAGACUCACACCAUGCUUGGAGACAUUGAGGGUGGUACUCGAAGACACAGUGUGAAUUGCGGGAUGACACCAAGAGUUUUUGAGCACUUAUUUUCUAGAAUCCAGAAGGAAAAAGAGGCCAGGAGAGAUGAGAAGUUAAAAUUUACGUGCAAAUGUUCUUUCUUGGAGAUAUACAAUGAACAGAUCCUUGAUCUUCUAGAACCAUCAUUCAACAAUUUGCAGAUAAGAGAAGAUAGUAAGAAAGGAAUUUAUGUAGAAAAUCUCAAGGAAGUGGAGGUUACAAGUGCUCGAGAUGUUAUUCAACAACUUUUGCAUGGUUCUGCAAACAGAAAGGUUGCUGCCACUAAUAUGAAUCGUGCUAGUAGUCGUUCUCAUAGUGUCUUUACUUGCAUCAUUGAAAGUAAGUGGGAAUCUCAAGGUGUAACGCACCAUCGGUUUGCUCGACUCAAUCUUGUUGAUUUGGCUGGAUCAGAGAGGCAAAAGAGCUCUGGUGCAGAAGGAGAACGUCUCAAGGAAGCUACUAAUAUCAAUAAGUCUCUUUCAACCUUGGGCCUUGUAAUUAUGAACCUAGUGAGUAUAUCCAAUGGCAAGUCACUCCAUGUUCCAUACCGUGAUUCAAAGCUUACAUUUCUGCUUCAGGAUUCUCUCGGAGGGAAUUCCAAAACUAUAAUAAUAGCAAAUAUUAGCCCCUCCACUUGUUGUUCGUUGGAAACAUUAAGCACAUUAAAGUUUGCUCAGCGUGCCAAAUUUAUUAAGAAUAAUGCCAUUGUAAAUGAGGAUGCAUCUGGAGAUGUCAUUGCCAUGAGAAUGCAAAUUCAACAACUAAAGAAAGAAAUAUCCCGUUUACAAGGUCUAGGUGGUGGAGAAGCUCAGGAUAAUGACAUUUCAGUCAUUAACUUUCCAGGAUCUCCAGGAUCCUUCAAAUGGGAGGGAAAUAAUGGAUUAUUUAGCCCAUUAACCUCCGGUAAAAAGAUAUCUAAGAAAAGAGACUAUGAAGUUGCACUCGUUGGGGCCUUUAGGAGGGAGAAGGACAAAGAGAUGGCAUUGCAGGCACUACGAGCUGAAAAUCAAGCAGCCAUGCAACUUGCCAAACAAAGGGAAGAUGAGAUUCAGGGUCUCAAGAUGAGGCUUCGUUUUCGAGAAGCUGGAAUAAAGAGACUAGAAGCAAUUGCUUCUGGAAAGAUCUCUGCUGAGGCACACUUGCUGAAAGAGAAAGAGGAGCAUUUGAAAGAAAUUGAGGUCUUGCGAGCCCAGGUGGACCGAAAUCAAGAAGUGACUAGAUUUGCUAUGGAAAAUUUGCGACUAAAAGAAGAAAUUAGAAGUCAUUUUGAAGAGGGUGAAAGGGAAGUUAUGAAUGAACAGAUCAUUGUACUGGAAAACAAGUUGUUGGAAGCACUAGAUUGGAAACUAAUGCACGAAGCUGAUAUGAAAACAAAUUCUGACUCGGUGAUGGAAGAGGCAAAUGGGGAUGGGAAUCUUAUUUCCAAAGAGGAGUUAGGACCAAAAUCACCUUUGCAGUCUUCUAAUCGUGAGGAAAAUGAGUUUCUCAAAAUGCAGGCGAUCCAAAGGCGAGAAGAAAUGGACUCCAUGUGUAAGAAAUUAGAAUUUUGUCUUGAAGAGAAAGCAAAGUUGGAAAGGCAAGUGGAUGAUUUGGCAGCAAAACUUGAACAAGAGAAGCUCCAAGCCAUGAAAGAGGGAAGCCGGGAGAUGGAGAUUCCCUCAUCAUGCAAUAUGCCCAUCAUUAGCAUCAAUGAUCAACUGGAAUUGAAAGCAAUGGUGGAUGCUAUUGCUGCUGCAAGUCAAAGAGAGGCAGAGGCUCAUGAGACAGCUAUUAUUUUAUCAAAGGAGAAUGAUGAGCUCAAGAUGAAGCUUAAAGUUUUGAUCGAGGAUAAUAGCAAGCUAAUUGAAUUGUACGAACUGGUUGCUGCUGAAAGUAAUAACAGAAUUGUCAAUAAAGCUGAGGAUGCUCGAGAAGUUGCUGUCCAGGUUAAUGGCGGCUGUUCUCCUGAAGGAGCUAGAGAAGAGGACACCGAGUCUGAGAUGAAAAGAGUAAUUGAGAAUCUCCAGCAUCAAGUACUGGAAAUGAAUGAAGAAAAUGAGAAGCUGAUGAGCUUGUAUGAAAGAGCCGUGCAAGAGAGGAAUGAUCUCCUGCAUCAACAGGUUGCUGCUGAAAGUAAUAACAGGAUUGUAAAUAAAGCUGAGGAUGCUCGAGCAGUUGCUGCCCGGGUUAAUGGCGGCUGUUCUCCUGAAGGUACAAGAGAAGUGGACACUGAGAUGAAAAGAGUAAUUGAGAAUCUCCAGCAUCAACUACUGGAAAUGAAUGAGGAAAAUGAAAAACUGAUGAGCUUGUAUGAAAGAGCCAUGCAAGAGAGGGAUGAUCUUAAAAUAGUCCUUUCAUCUUGUGUACAUGAAAGAGCUGAAUCCAAAAGGGAAAUGGAAUGCCCAGAAAAGCUUGUUGAAGUUGAUGAGGGGGAAAAAGACUCAAGUAUAGAAACUGGUUUCCAGGAAAUGCAGGGUGUAAUUGAAAGUAAAGGCUUGGAUACUUUGUCUGGUUCUAGUUUGUGUAUAGUGUGUGAUGAACACAACGUGCCAAGUCAGACCAGCCCCCAGCAAAAUGACCAUCUUGAAUCAGGUGAACUUCCUGGCCACGUCAAAGAAAGAGUUUUACUGGAGGGGAGUACUUCAAUCAAGGAAUCUCGAGUGAAUCAUGAGGUUGAUAUUCCUGUCUACUCUGACAUGAAUAUUGAAGUAUUGACUGCAAAGGGGCUGUCAUGUGAAUUAAGUCAAGCUAGAAAGAAACUUGAGAGAGUUGAAGAACAGAUUUCAAAUGUUGUCAGAACUCUAGCAGCGCUAGAUUGUGCUGAGAAGGCAACAAUUGAGGUUGAUAAGCUCUCCAGGGAAAUUGAAGUUAUGGAAAGCGACAUCCAGAUUAAGCAUCAACAGAUAGAAUCCUUAAAACUCCUGCUGUCAGAAGCGCAAGAAAGAAGAACUCUAGUUGAUAAGAAGUUUUCUGCAGUUAACUAUUCAUUGUCAAACUUUGCCCCAUCGUUUUCUUAUUUUGAGAAACGGGAAGUACAAGCAAGGGCCGUUGUAUGUGAAUUGAUGAGAUGCCUUGACAAAAAGAGAGAGGAAUUGGCUUCUCUUCAAGCAUGCAAGCUUGGGGUAGAGAAUGCCAAAAAGAAGAACCAAGAAUCUGAAGUUGAACUAGUGGCAAACAUUGCAUUCACCAAAUCCCUAUUAGAGGAAGAGAACCGCAAGCGGGAGGGUGAAAAGGUUCUCUUUGCGAUUGACAACAUCCAGAACAUAGACUCUUCACAGAAAAACUGGCAUAUGAGUGGUAAAGCUACUGAGUUACUAAAAUCAGAGGAAGAAGAAAUAACCAAGCUGCAAGCAGCGAUAAGGCUGUCUCAGGAAAAACUUGGCAUCACAAGAAAGGAACUGGGAAAUCUAAAGAAAAAGAAUUCAACUUUAGAGGAGCAGAUACAGGUUGUUCAACUGGAAAUACAAGAAAUUUGAGUUAAAACGGAGGAAAAGGAGCUAGCACUUCAGCGAGUGGUGAGUGAAAAGGAGAUGCUCUUGGAAUUUAGAAACAAUGGGAUGACUGAAAUAGAGUCCAUGAUCGUUGAGUUCCAGGAAUGUGUGUUUGAAUCAGAUUUGAAGCAGGCUGAGAUAAAGAUCCUGGAGGAAGAGUUACAGAUGGGAUUUGGAAGAAUCGUAGAAUUACAGACAGCUAGAGCCAUAGCUUCUAGCAAGAAAGCCAAUCUGCUAGCCUCAACGUCUAGUUCAUGCUUGCUUGAAAAAUGGAGGAGGAAAUGCAAAAUGUAAAGGUGUCUGUCUGGGAGACAAAGUUGUUGUGCGUCUAAACAGUAUGACUUACCUUAUCCUCCACUUUUAAUUUGUAACAUGUUCUGACAUUGACCUUUUCAUUAAUUUAUGCUACUGUAAAGUAACCAAACUUCUGUUGGUUCGAUGUAAUUGAUCCCAUUUAUGUUUUGUGCAACAUGAGAUGCAAUGAUGUAUAGAGUACAGAGCUUCAUUUCAAUCCCCCACUGCGCUUUCCAAUUUUGCACCUGCUGGCUGAGUUUGAUUGAGACAACGAAGUGAAAUCCAGAUAGAGGAGCAAUUAAAGGAACAAAAAAUUUUAUCUAUCAAAUUUUCA